AUCGUUUUGGCGUUGCACCAUAAUCGGAAGUUGUUGGUACUCCACUCAGAAAAAACUGUCCUACGUUUCUGGUGACUAGCUGGUAGAAUGAAUGAUUUUCAAUCUUCAUUGCGAUGCUUUUUAUGCUCGUCUCAACGUUGACAUGAACUAAGAAGCUCUUUUUGCAGGGGUCUUUUUAUUUGUAUUGGAUUUGACCUCAAUGGCAACGGGAAUGAGGCUGAAGCUGAAGACCGUGUUCGUGCUCUACUUCAUGGUGUCCCUCAUGGGUCUGGUCUACGCUCUGAUGCAGCUAGGUCAGCGCUGUGACUGCACGGAGCACGACCUGCCCAAGGAUCGUACCAUCUCCCGGCUGCGGGGGGAGCUGCACCGCCUUGAGGAGCAGAUGAAGAAGGUGGAGGCGACCAAAUCCCCCCACCAGGCGCCGAAGUCCACUCUGCCCACCAUCUUCGUUAUUACCCCGACCUACUCGAGGUUUGUGCAGAAGGCCGAGCUGACCCGCCUGUCCCAGACGUUCCUCCACGUGCCCCAGCUCCACUGGGUGCUGGUGGAGGACUCGCCCCACAAGACCCCCCUGGUGGCCGGCCUGCUGGCCGACAGCGGCCUGGCCUACACCCACCUGCACACGGCCACGCCCAAGGAGCGCAAGCUGCAGGACGGUGACCCCAGCUGGCUGAAGCCGCGGGGGGCCGAGCAGAGGAACGAGGGCCUACGGUGGCUCAGGGAGGACAGGAGGGCCCCCCAGGGAGCGGACAGCCAGCAGGGGGUGGUCUACUUCGCUGACGACGACAACACCUACAGCAUCCAGCUGUUCCAGGAGAUGCGGAGCACCCAGCGAGUGUCGGUGUGGCCGGUGGGGCUGGUGGGGGGGAUGCGCUACGAGAGGCCCGUGGUGGAGGGGGGAAAGGUGGUGCGCUUCCACACUGGCUGGAGGCCCAGCCGGCCCUUCCCAUUGGACAUGGCCGGCUUUGCGGUCUCCCUCAAGGCGGUCCUGGCCAAUCCGGACGCUUGCUUCGACGGGAACGCACCAAUGGGCUUCCUGGAGAGCAGCUUCCUCCAAGGGGUGGUCACCAUGGAGGAGCUGGAGCCCCGGGCGGACAACUGCUCCAAGGUGCUGGUGUGGCACACGAGGACUGAGAAGCCGAAGAUGAAGAGAGAAGACGCACUCCAGGCACAGGGCCUGGGCUCUGACAACGCCGUGGAGGUCUAGAGAACACGCACACAAACCCGUCCCCAAACACACACACACUUACACGCACAUACCCAAACACACACCCACUGCUAUCUCUCAAUGAAAAACACUGCACACACACACAAACCCUAACACGCACCUAAUCUCAUCUCUUAAUGCAAAACACUAAACGCUCUUCACACACACAGACAACAUGAACCACACAAACACGUGAUACAGACGCACACUGUACGUAGAUCUCUGCUGUAACAUACAGCCAGGAAGCCGCUGUAUUGGGAAAAACCCCUGUGUAUAUAAUGUACAAUUCUAACUAAAUAAGGUGACUGUGACUAGCUAUGGAAGUAUUUAAAUCGACGCGGCCUGCGUUGUGUUCAUCGUCAGCGUGUGUGUGGAAGUACGCCCGUCUGUGUACUUGGUGUUUAUGUCCUGAAUCUGAGGGGGUCUUGUGGUAGAUUCGCUGUUUGUCUGUUAUCUGAAUGUCCCAGAGGAAGGGGGGGGGGGGGGGGGUAGGAAAUAACCCAGGUUUUACAAGAGGUUGCAUCAUUGUCUUUGUAAUAUAAGCAUUUUUUAUUUAGAUGUAUUUCUAUUUAUUUCAUCGUUUUUAUGGAAGUGCGGCACCGGCUUUUUAAUAUGUUCUGGUCCUUGUUUCAAAGCGUAUAUGAGAAAAGUUAAAGAGCACCUGAACACUAUUAUCUAACUAACUACGGCGUGUAGGCCUUUACCACAGAGGGGCACUAGUAGGGGCUAAAACGCAGGUGUAGCUCGUUAGGUUAAUCACAGGUCUGUAGGUGUGCCAGGGCCACUAAUUGCCAUCGUGAUCUCCACCUGUGGUCGCCCCUGCUAUUCCACUGACCAGUCCACAGACACAAAUCAGGGUUAGGGUCAGACGGUCAAAAAAAGCACUAAUACAAAAACAUCACAAAAGUUAUCUCAAGUGCUUGUUUUUAAUCUCGGCUUACGUUUAGACCGCGUAGGAAUAGUGUUUAUCGAAAUGACCGGCAAGCGGGAGCUGAAUCAUGUGCUUCUCAGGCCUCAGCCUGUGUGUGAAUAAUGUAAGAUAUCUAACGUACGAUACUGAGAGCAGAACGGAUGCCUGCUCCCAGGUUCCGGCUGUGGAGCAGUGUGGAUGAUGUAUUUAUGAGCAUCGCGCUCCGCUGUUCGCUGUGUAGUGUGUCGGUAGUCUGACUCCUGUCUGGUCCUGGCUGCGAAGUAAUAAAGUUGAUCCAGUUCAAACCUGUUUCCUCACUUUCAAACCUCCUUUUUGUUUUUGGAUGAUUUUAUUUGUGUUUGGGUCUAUUAAAAGGGGGACGGGAUGGAGGGAGGAGGGAGAGGAGGUAUGUUGUAUAGUAGCUCGAAACUCAUGUGGCCGUUUGAUAAAAUGAUCACGUCUGGGUCACUUAUCUUUGUGUAAAAACACAAAAGGCACAAACUGUCAGAACGGCAGCAAAGAAAAUAGUUGAACGGUAUCGGGUGAAACCGCUAUAUUGUUCUGAUCCGGACACACAAAGAACGCUUUGUUGCUAAAACCAGACUGCAGGGAAUUCAGAUUUAGUACGGGUCGGUCUAAAACAGAGCACCUUCACUUCACCCGUGAACUCGCUCUCUCGUGAGCUUAUGCUCCUCCACCGCUUUGGGUUCACUCUCUCCCAUGAUUCAGUUUCCUGUAUUUAUUCAGCCUACUCAUCGUAAUCCCUACUUUUAAACCAUGUCGUAACUUGGUCGUGGCCCGAUGACACCUGUACACCACAUCACACGAGACUGCUAAUUACCUACCUCGUCUUCGCCUGUAUCCAUGGCGACCGUUCCCCUGGCGUGCCACUGUCAUAAAUGAGCCAUUACCUCAUUGGGGCCAGGGGACCUUCCAACAGCUGGGAUCUCGUUUAUACUUUUCGUUUUUAUUAGUGUUAUUUGAUUGACAGCCAUUUAGGCCUCUCAGGUGUGGGUGAGGGCAGCCUUCAGUUCCAUGACCAUAUAUGGAGUGUGGAGGAGGUUUUGGAGUGUGUUGGGUUGGCAGGUGAGUAAUAACCAAGUUGAGGUGUGCACAGACACACCAGCCAGCCGUGUUUGAUGCUGAGAUGAUUCAGACACACACACACACACGCACCUAAACACACGCACGUGCACGCAUGCUCAGAACUGUAUAAUGACACCCUUUACCUUGUUCAGACAGAGGAGGUCGGGCGAGUUUGACACCUGAGGGAGGUAAGUGUGGUCUGCUGCCGGCUGUAUCACCUCCUACGAUGUGGUCAGCUGCUUGUUCACCGUUGUCUCGAGGAAGGAGCCACUAUCUUCAUAUGUUCAUGCCUGAAUGUUUGGAUUAGUGUUUGCAGUGAAUGGAUGUUUGCACGUGUGUUUGAGUGUAUCUGGAUUUAUGAAUGGGGCUGUUUGGAAACAGGGUGCCACCAAAGGACUUAGGGAAAGCGAUUAUCCCAAUGGAAAGAGUCAGUGUUAGGCAAUUUCACAACACACACACACACACUGUCCUACCCGAAUUCAACAGUGGAUAAGGUGUUGAGUGGCGCAUACUUGUGAAAAGCCUAUAAUGGAACCACGCAAGGGAUUGUGUCAGCUUUUAUUUAAAUUCUUGUGGCCAAAGUGGGGCUGCGCACAACCACACACACACACACACACACACACAAACCAAGCCUGUUGAAAGACUUAAUCCAAGAGAUUUGUUUUCUGAGAGCAAACCGCGUCACAUUUGCAAUAUUGGAAGCCUAAACAAUAUUGGACGUGUAACCUAGUCCUAGAUUAUAAUAUCAUGAUAAUAUGCUUAUUAUUAUAUAAUAGGGUUAGAGAUACUCAGUGACUCCCAAUAAAUAUAUAUGUGCUAUAAUUGGUUAAUAGUUUUGUAUUUCAACAAUUUAAAAAAUGUGCUUGUCUCUGCUGCACACGUUUGUUCCCCUUAUUGUUACACUCCUAAUUACCCUCCAAACAUUACCUUUAAACAUGACUUCAGAACACUACCCUCAUACCACCUUUAAACAUUAACCACAUUCCCUGGUAGGAACACAAACAGGGCUAGGGUGAACACGUCUUCAAACAGAUCUCAGACAUUUAGGGCUGGAAAGAGUGAAAAAAAAGAACCUUGAAAUGUAGUGAAUGGUUUACCAGUUACUUGAUGUUCAGAUUAUCAGACGUGUUAUCACUGAGAACAGUCCCCGUACGAAAGGUUCUCACAUAACAUCACGCUCCCUGACUCACAUUGCCUUCUGUCCUUAAAAAUUUGUCCCAGGGCUGGGUGUUUUAAAACACCAUAGUAGGUAAGGGUGUGUGUGUGUGUGUGUGUGUGUGUGCGCUUUCACCGAACACUAUAUCUGGCACUGAUUGCUGAUGUCAUAGCUGAUGAGUGUGUGUGUGUGGAGGGGGCGGAGGAAGAGAGAGUGAGAGUGUGUAGGUGCGUCGGCUGUGUGUCUGACGCUGUGUGCCUGGAUGACGGGGCUGUGUCGCUGUGCAGGUCGAGGCAUGGUCGAGAGGAGAGCUUCCUUCUGCUCAUAGGACUGCGUGACCAGAGAGACUGAGGCACACGGCAAGAGAGGACCUUCCUCGCAAGCACUGGAGGGCUGAAACAAGAGCGCAGGGCACCAAGUGAAGCUUCCAGAAACCCUCAAGAGAAACCCAGUGAUAAACCCAACAAAAAUAACGAACCAGGAAACCAGCCCGGUCGGAAAACACAAAGCGGGGACGCC